CUAACAUAUGUCGAACACAUGUCAUAUGUGUGAUCAUAUUCGACGCAUAUCAGACCAUGCACAUCUAUUUGUAUUGAAAUGUCGGUGCAUCAUAAUUUUUGAACCAAUGCACUUGAUGAACAACUCGAACUUGACACCAAAAAUACUAGUUCAAGUUCAUUAAGUUGGCCUUCGCUUUUUAAAUGUGGAAACAUUUUCCUUCACUUGAGAUAAAAAUAAGCUCAUAUUUUUCCUGCGCGCAGCCUGUUCUGCAACACCCAUCUUAUUCUUUCUAGCUGAUUUUAAAUGUCUAAUGUGCUUGAAAUAGCGUGAAGAAAGCCAAAAGGAUGAGGACAAAGCUAUUCAGAUUUCAAAGUGGGAAGCAAUUAUCUGGCUUGCAAUUGUUACUGUGUGGAUUGCAGUCAUCUCAGCAUAUUUAGUUGAUACCAUUGAGGGGGCUUCUAAGGCAUGGAAUAUGCCUAUUGCAUUUAUAAGUGUUAUUUUGCUUCCAGUAAUAGGCAAUGCUGCCGAACAUGCAAGCGCCAUUAUGUUUGCCAUGAAAGAAAAACUAGACAUUUCUCUUGGAGUUGCAAUUGGCUCAUCCACGCAGAUAUCAAUGUUUGGGAUUCCUUUCUGUGUGAUAAUAGGAUGGAUAAUGGAGAGGCAUAUGGACUUGAAUUUUCAGCUUUUUGAGACAGUUACACUCUUCAUAACAGUAUUAGUUGUUGCCUUCAUGUUACAGGAUGGAACCUCUAAUUACCUUAGAGGAAUGAUGCUUAUUCUCAGCUAUAUAAUUGUAGCUGCUAGCUUUUAUGUACAUGUUGAUCCUACCUUCGGUGAGUCUAAAUUGCCAAACACUUUUAAAAGCUUUUCUUUUAAAUGAACAUUAUAAGCAUUUCAUCACUACCUUUCCCAGAAGAAAAAUG